GCGAGCUCGACAAGCCUUGGAAUCUCGGGUUUGAAGUUUAUCGGCGAGGUUAUCCAACUCAACACCGCCACAGCACAUGGAACUUCACUCGAGGUAGUCCGUACCCAAACAAUUGCCCUCGUCGACCCACCCCACUUUGGCCGAACCCGUUUCGAGGCCGGUCCCUCGUUGUUUACCUAUUAUCCUGGAGAAAGUCACCUUCUAUCGAAUGCGUCCCCUCCUUCAGCUGCGCUAGAAGACGAUUCAAAUGACUGGGAACCGGUUGUCGGACCAUUGGUCAUUGCAGAGCCCUUCGAUGCUUGCUCACCUGUGUAUGCUGACGGCUUCGUAAUGGCGAAUGAUAAGCUCCAUUCAGAUCUUGUUGAUCCACCGUCUUCAGAAAAGGAAGGAGAAUCGCCAAAACGACUGUUGAAAGACGCGAUUGUUUUGGUGCGGCGUGGAGGAUGUUUGUUCAUGGAUAAGGCGAAGAAUAUCCAACGAAUGGGUGCGCGAGGUAUAAUAGUGAUCGACAACACUGCGGGAUCGACUUCGGCCAGAGAAAAACUCUUCCACAUGUCGGGCGAUUCUCCCGACGGAAAACCUCCGAAGGAGCGCCUACAACUUCCCUUUGUCUUCCUCUUCCACGAAGAAGGUCGGACCCUCGUCUCCGCCAUGGAGCGAAGGUGGAUGUCGGAGAAGAAGCCUGUCACUGUGUUGAUCGCCAAACGCGAGGAUAGCCCGAAAAUUCUAUCACAUGGCCUGCGUUAUCUGGACAGUCUUCUUGAGUUGGAGCAGGAGGGAGAGGCUGAGGAGAAGUCAGAUCAGUGUUAUGAGCUCACGUCCAGUGUGGAGGAGGUUCAACCCGGCUGCCUUCCAAGAAAGUUAAUUUGGGUGGACGGAAUUCAUGAAGAGGACGCUGACUCCUGGAGUAUGACUCUAGGCCCCAUCGAGGAUACGCGCGCCUUUCUCUCGACUGAUUCGUCUUCUGCUAAAGUUUCUCCGAAAAAUCCUACUACCUGGGUGGAUUAUUUGGAUAGAAGUUGGCCAACUAAAAACUAUGAUAAGAAUUGCAAGGACUUGGUCACUGCAGUCAGUGAGGCGGCUUUAUCUCAACUCACUGAAGCAGUGAAAAGUCGACAAUCUAUAACAACACUCACUCAAACCUGGCGCGAUCGACUUAACGAGUGUCUCCAAGGUUUGACAACUCUAGAGGCAAUACAGGCGGAAUCAGAUGAAUGUCAGAAACCCUAUCUAAGACUUACAAUGAACCUCGCAGCAAAAAAUUCCUGUUGA